AUGUAUGAAGCCUAUACAGUCUUUGACGUUUUCUCGGAGCUCUUUGUGUCCCGCUUUGCCAUGGCGGAAGCAUGUGCCCUGAUUUCCCUCUCUGAUUUUGAGGAGGCGUACAGGUUGAUCUACCAGACCUACCUGAAGGAUGGCUUCCUCAGCCUGUGGAGGGUCAUCCUCUAUGCUGCUAUCCAGUUCUGUGCCCAUGACCAGUACAAGAGACUGCUGGGAGGAUACUGCGGCUUCCAGGGCAAAGCCCUGCCGCCUGUGCCAAGGUUACUUGCGGGCUCCAUGGCCGGUACCACAGCUGCCAUGCUCACCUACUCACUGGAUAUGGUACGAGCCAGGAUGGCCGUCACGCCCAAGGAGAUGUACAGUAACAUCAUGCAUGUGUUUGUGCGGAUCUCUCGUGAGGAGGGUUUGAAGACGCUGUACCAUGGUUUUACCCCCACCACACUCGGAGUGGUGCCCCACGCUGGACUCAGCUUCUUCACCUACGAGACACUCAAGAAAAUGCAUGCAGGUUCUGUACUUUCUCAGCUGAUUUAGCUUGUCUAUUCUAGUGUGUGGCUACUGUGUAUUUAAAUCUAAGGUAGCCUACUAUCAUUCUGACAUGAAUCCUGUCCCUCUAUCACCAUUCCCUGUAUCUCUGUUUCCGUCUCUGUGUUUCCCAUUGUGCAUACCACUUUGCUCCACCUUCUCAUGCUCCGAGUUUGUUCUCCGAGGAUUUUCUCUUGAGUACGUUCUUGAGGACUAGAGUGUGGAGAACGCAUAAAACUUGACAUUUGAAAAGCACUGCGCACUCCCCUGCUGCUGCAUUACCUAUGGCCAAUCGAGACAAAACAAUAUAACGGUAGCUAACAAACUUUUGUACAUUGCGCUCUUCCGUACAUUUGACCUUUUUUUUAGCACCCCAAAAACGUAAAACUUCCAGGUCAACUGUAAUGUGAAUACCGUUGUAAAGCGCAAUUUCUCCCCUUUCCGGCAAAAUCAAUGACAAGACCUUCAUGCUGCCCGUCUCUGCGUGGUUGACGGCGGCAACGGAGCUCUGCCGGGUCUUUUUAAAAAUGGUGGGUGGGGAAGAGUGAUAGUGAAAGGUUGGAUUCGGGGUAAACUUUGAACAUUGAUAUAUUAAAGACAUGAUAGAUCAGACGCAUAUAAAGGAGUGAGAAGUUAAUGGUUCUCAGUAGUAAGACAACUAAGCUUGGAAAGUGCUGAGUGCAGGGAAAACAAAUUGCAUGUGACAGUACUGAUAAGGGGAGAAACUGUUGAAGGCUCAUAUCACUUAGUUCCCUGCUUAGCAAGAAGGAUGCAAUGUUUAGAGAUAAGGAGGAGACUCGACCCAAAGUGGGUUAUGAAUACCACCACGGGGGAAGCCAUGUCUUUUGUCUGAAUACAGCUGUGUCGAACCUAUAGGAAGAAUUAAACUUGCUUAAGCUUC